AGUAAAUAAUAUUCGAAAAACCUGGAAAUACCAAGUUCAGUUAUUAAUGAAAUAUUUUAUUUAAUCUUUGUACAAGUUUAGCAUAUAAUACACUCUGUACGAAUACGAAAUAGUACAUAUAAUAGACUGUGAUUAUGCCGAUAAAGUUGUUUGAACAAUGUAAGUGAACAGUACCGUGUCUAAAAGAGCUCCAGCAUACCGAUUUCGUCUAGUACCACUUAACUUUGAUAACUAAAAGUAUAUAUAAGCAGAUAAAUUAGUCUAAGGCUUUUUACAGUGAUUUUAAAGUAGUAAAGCCAGCUUGUGGUAGCACAAUGAAGAUAAAUAUUUUUAACUGCAAUUUAAUGUUCGUUUAACCGAGACAUUUUUGAGGAAAACAGUGGUGAUAAAAAUUUUGUGAUUUGUGUGCUAGUGUUCUAUUAAUACUAUUAUUUAAAAAUGAGUGAAAACGGUAUAGUAGAAAGAACAAACGAUGUGGAGUUAAGUGGUAUAAGUAGAAAUAAUGAUGGAAAUGUUGACGAAUUCAAAGUAGAAAUUCACAAGAAAAAAGUAGUGGGUAAUUAUGGAACAACAGACCAUCCCAUGUAUUAUUAUGAAGAAACGGAAGAUGUCAAUACGUAUUUUGCACAUAAUAAAAUAAACAUUCCCGAAACAGAAAAGUCAGGAUUUAGUUUUCGAAAAUUAUGGGCCUUUACAGGCCCGGGCUUUCUUAUGUCCAUAGCUUACUUAGAUCCAGGAAAUAUAGAGAGUGAUUUACAAUCUGGAGCCAUAGGCAGAUACAGAUUGUUAUGGGUAUUAUUCGGAGCGACAAUUUUAGGAUUUGUUGUACAAAUGUUAGCCACAAAACUAGGUGUGGUAACUGGUCUGCAUUUGGCAGAAAUGUGCCACAGGCAAUACAAAAAAGUUCCUAGAUUAAUUUUGUGGAUCAUGAUAGAAAUCGCUGUCAUAGGUUCGGAUAUGCAAGAAGUAAUAGGAACUUCUAUAGCUAUCUAUAUGCUAUCAAAUAAAGUGAUACCUUUAUGGGGUGGAUGCUUAAUAACAAUAAUAGACACCUUUACAUUCCUUUUUCUCGACAAAUAUGGGCUGAGAAAGCUGGAGUUGUUCUUUGGCCUGCUCAUAUCCGUCAUGGGCGUGACUUUUGGAUACGAAUAUAUUGUUUCUGGUCCUAAUCCAGCAGAUGUCACUAAAGGUCUUUUCUUCCCAUGGUGUGAAGGAUGUAACAAUGCAGUGUUUCUACAAGCAGUUGGUGUAGUUGGUGCAGUUAUUAUGCCGCACAAUUUGUAUUUGCAUUCGGCAUUGGUAAAAUCGAGGAACAUAGAUCGUAAAAAACCAGAAAAGAUUACGGAGGCAAAACUGUACUAUUCGAUCGAAAGUGCUGUAGCUCUUCUAGUCAGUUUGAUCAUCAACAUUUUUGUUGUUGCUGUUUUUGCCUUUGGAUUGUUCGAGAAGACAAAUAAUGAUUUGCUUGGUACUUGUAGUGCCAGUACUGCCAGCAUGUUUGACAUAGCAAAAGAGGCUUUUCCGGCAAAUGAUGAAAUUGUCGAUGCAGAUAUCUACAAGGGUGGCAUUUUCUUAGGUUGUACGUACGGCGUUGCCGCUAUGUAUAUAUGGGCUGUCGGAAUCCUAGCUGCUGGACAAAGCUCUACAAUGACGGGAACCUAUGCCGGACAAUUCGCUAUGGAAGGAUUUUUAAAUCUGCAAUGGCCAAAAUGGAAGAGAGUAUUAUUCACCAGAAGCAUAGCUAUGGUUCCUACGUUUUUACUAGCCUUCUUCAGCUCUCUAAACGAACUGACCACCUUGAAUGAUCUUCUGAACGCUGUCAUGAGCUUGCAGUUACCUUUUGCUCUGAUUCCAACCAUUGCGUUUACCAGCAACCCGAGACUUAUGGGGCAAUUCGUAAACGGCGUGCUAUAUAAGAUCACUUCAGUAGUUCUAGGAGCUAUUAUAAUUGGUAUAAACGUAUUUUUCGUGCACUCCACUAUCCAGGAGUGGAACUUGAACGUCUACGAAGUGUCAGUGAUAUACAUCUUGACAGUUUUCUAUUUCGUCUUUAUUGCCUACAUAGUUUUCCAUAUGUAUAUCAGCUUUGGGGGAAAAUCGCUGGAAAAUUCUUCGUGGGUUCAAAAAUACGUCGUUGUACCUCUAGAAACGAAAAAGAACGAAAAAUAAUUUUAGAUAUACGUAAUUUUGACAAUAAAAAAAUACUAAUUUAUUGUACACAAGUUUACAUGUACCUGUGAAAAUAUAUAAAUGUUAACGUUGA